AUGGAGAAGAAUGGGGAGUCGGACUCAAACUUUAUGGCGGUCGAUCCAGUCAGCCCAGCUAGCAGUAACUCUAAAGAAGUUUCAGACGAACCCGCCGCACCUCGUAGAAAUUCCAUCGACGACAACGAUCCUACCCGGCCUCGUAAGCGACUAGCUGCUAUGCUUAUCCAUGAUAAUGCAGACAAUACAAAACAGGCUCUCCCGGCUAAGGAUAAGGUACCCUACGGAGAAUCCGAGAACGAGCCCCGGCAAUCAGAUCAAGCGAUGGAACACAAAAAUUAUAAUGGGACGACCAGCAAACCUGAUAAAGCAUCUCUGGAAGAUGGAUCUUUCUCAUCACCUGCAGCAGUCAAAGGAAUUGGCAACAAGGUUACAAUUCAUCUCCGUACCACACGUCUCCCGGAUACAAAAGAGGAUGGGUUUGAAGAGCCUACUAUUGAUGAUGAUGAAAACGAUGGGCUAAGCCAGCUGACACCUACAUCUUCUGGGCCUCCUAGGAGUGUGGGCUCCUUACAGGGUGAAUCUCCAAAUGGUUCGCUAUGUAGCCCGGAGAUUGAGGUUGAAGAAGUUGAGGACAUGGAAGAAGAUGAGGAUCUGGCUGGUCAUAUUGCAGAUGUCGAUCAAUACAUCAAUAGCCCCAUCAUCACUGGAGGUUCCGCUGUGAUCAAAGAUGUUAUGGAUGAUGUUACAUCAAAGCUCGAGAGAGAUCCUAUUCCAUUACGACAGUUGGAAGAACUUGCGCUUACCAUGUCGAGUUUUGUCAACGUUGUGGGCGACCAGAUCGAUAGCUUUUAUAAGCUUUAUCUUGUUAACCAAGUCGUUUGGCCCAACUUACCAAACAUGAUGGAGGCCUUACUUAAACGAAGUGAACCCUUUGGGCAAAACUAUUUUCGCAGGGUGGAUAAAUCAACGCCAGGGCUAGAAGCUAUUAUAUUAGCCCUCGUGGAGUUUGCACGAUUGACAGCACUCUUUGUUCGCUACGAUGCUUGGAUCUUAGAGCAUGCUCUCCCGGAUAGAGAUCCUACUCUGCUAUCAUGGGGGUAUCAGAGAACCCUAUCAAUCAUUAUGAGACCAAAUCAACUUUCUAGCCUUAUGCAGCGUGUCUACAACUUCAAUAUGGUCACAAUUCUACCACGGGUAAUGAGAGCUUUUAUCGACACCCAUGACGGGUUAGGAACAUUGAGGAAAUACGAUGAGUUAAUCCUGCAACGAAUACCAUUACAACCCAAACUUCUACUUUAUGCGUCACUUCCGUUGGAAAUAUACGCGAAACUCAUUCGAUGUCUCGAGGUUGUGAUAAAAGAAGGCGCUAUGUCAGAAGAUUCGGCAGAAAUCCAGAUAGCUGUUUCAGAUGGUGCCUUUAUGGCUAUGACAUCUGUGGAAAACUUACUUGCGGGCCUUUUUGAAACGCACCUUCAAUUGCUGAUUAUCAAGGAUUUUAACGUGGUGUUGAAUACGUUAUGUUCGCUAGUAACAGCAUUUUAUGGUAUGAGUUCUGCAGAGUCUAGGAUACGGAAACUAAUUGAGGAAAAAAUCGGGAAUGAGUAUGGGGUUAUUGAGGCCUAUGAAUAUCCUAGUCUUGCAGAAUGGUCUUGCAGGUUCCCUUUUCUCUUCAAGAUGCUUACCAGUAAUCGUAUGGACUUUCGACUACAAGGACUGGUAAAGGCUACGGAGCUUCUUGUCAGCGCCUGGAGAGACAGCUAUGGGAAUGGUACCGAAUGGCAUGAUAGUGUUUUAUUAAGGUUUCUGGCACAUUUCAUCAUCGAAAAUAAAAUCGUCGAAUAUAUUAUGGGACCUGAAUCACACCAUGAACUUAUUCGUCGAAGCGCAAAUAUAACUGGCUUUCUGAUUGUAACCAAUACAACUACGGUGGAUAUUCGACACGCCCUAUGGCAACCAGUCGUUAACAACAAGGAUCCACGAAUAGUGCAAGCUACACUUGCCAUGCAUCAGGAGAUGAUACCAAAUAUGUCUAUCCCACUUCUUGUUGAAUUGAGCAAGCGGAUCAAGGACAUACCGUUCUCAUCUUUUGAUGCUCACAUGAUGGAGCUCGUGAGCCGUCUACUAGAGACCAUCAGGAAUAACUUUUACCCGCAACAGGUCGUGCAUUUAGAUCCUCCACCCUAUGAAAUGUUGAUCCAGCUUAUUCGGAUGGCGUCCCGCGAAGAAGAAAAUACCACUCCGAGCGGUGGACUUCCACCAUCCACGAUAUUUGAGUUUGCCGGAAAGGAACUAAUGGCACUGGCUGAAUAUGGGCCAGCUGGAGAACUACGCAGAAAAAUUUAUCUUGACUGUAUCAGCGACAUUAAACAAAUGAAGUCAAGCGCGACGGGUAGUAUCAAUGUCAUCCAGGCAUUCUUACAACAAAGACCUCGUAACGUCAGGCCAGGCAGCCCUGGUUACGUCGAGGAUAUCGAAUUUCUUAUCAAAAACCUGAACCUAGCUGAACUGCUUGUCAACGAGAUAGCUAGGUUUGUGGAUUCCCACAGCAAGCACGACCAGUAUUCCACACUGCGCCGGUUGAAAGCGAGAUUAGAGUUACUUCAGUUUAUUCUAUAUAAUUCGCCUGAAUGUUUGACAGCUCAUCUAGGCGAAAAGCUUUGGACAUACUUAGUUGGGGCAAAGGCGUUAGGAACAUCUGAGAGAGAUGAUGGGUUUGAAUUCUACAUUAACCAUUACUUGAAAAUUACAGCCGCAUGUGUUACCAAUGCCCCUCCUCAGGUUCAUGUCUCGCUAACGGAUCAACAGCAAGCGGAUCCUAUUCUAGAAAGUGUAUUCAAGAUCUACUUUCCAGCACUUGAUCCUGCUUGUUUCUCACCUAAUGUUCUACCUUUCUGCAUGAAAUCUAUAGAAUAUCUUAACAAACCAACAGGGCUUGAGGAUAGUUUUGAAGAGGAUUGUGUAAACUUCGAGGGUGUUGAACAGUUAUGGCGGAUAAUUCUCAAGGCACCUGACGAUAGGCUGGCUGCUGAGGCCACAUCAUACUUUAUGAAUCUUUACCUAGACACUCGUGCUGUCUGUUCGAAACCUGCAAAGGUCAUCGAGAACACGCAUUUUAUGAUCGUAGAACGAUGUAUAAAUCAGCUGACAUCCACAGCCUCUAACAUUGACAACACAGUUCCGACUGUCAAUAACAGAGACGAGAAUGCAAUGUCCUUGGAUACCUUCCAUGGAAACAGUGAUACACAGGAGUUCUUUCGAUCAUUAGACCUUCUCGACCACUUCGUCAAGGGCUACAAAUCACGGCCAAAAUAUAACCAAGGCUCUCAAGAGGCGAACCAAUCUUCCGCUGUCGAUAUGAUCACAGGUGUGCCCCUAACACUGCGACUGCGGUGGCACGCUUCAAAUUUCCAAUCACCUAUCCAUAGCUUCCAAAUCGGCAAUCUAGACACAGGUCAGGAUCUGCAUGAUCGUAUCACCAAAAUUGUGGGAGGGGACAAAUAUCGCUUAAUAAUUUCUGGAAGGGAAUUCAAACCAUCACAUGAGCCACUCAAAACCCUCAAGGAUUUUUGUAUUCCAGAUAAUUCUUUCUUGAUAGUCCAAAAAUCACCAGACCAAGGGACGGUUACUGUCAGCUCGAGCGUGCCUUCUAAUCUUAAUGCUCUUCAGAUUGAGAUCAUGAGACAUUUUGAUUCACUUUUUGAAUUGCUUUCUCUCCCCGAGCCACAGGCGACGAAGAUAUGGUUCUUUUUGAGAAAUUUCCCAGUCGAUGAGCACAUAAAGUCAAGCAUGAUUUCGGGGUCAUCUUGGUCAGAGACUUUUCCAGCGGAUUAUCCUUAUAAAACUCUCUAUUAUUUGCACGCUUUGCGAACAUGUUUUGAGGAACAAAGACAGCAACAAAACAGCGACGAAAAAUCAACGUUCAUCAACGAGGCAACUUCUUCUUUACUCAAAACCCUAAUGAAUAACAAUCAUGAAUCCAAAGAAUCCUAUGCAAUGAAGACCCGAGCGCAGGUUACAAACGAGAUUCUUGAUUGUCUACAAUCCAUUACAGAGUGCGGCUUUUCGCCGUCAUUUCCUAAUCCAGACGAUUUCGUUGAAAGGAUUUUUGAAAUUUUACGCGUUUGCUCUCAAAAGGAGUAUUCACAGUGCCCAGGAUCCGAGUCUUGUGUUGCCAAUGCGUUCAAUGUGUUGCUCAUCGCAUCGAAAAUCGAUUCAAAAGUAUGGUCAUCUCUGACUCAAAAAUCAGAAUUGAUACAUCAUGUGAACAGAUUUCUCCUGAAAGAUAAACGACAAACGGUUAGGCUAGGCACUGGAGAGGCUAUUAUAGCAACCUUCAAUCGAUAUCUUUCAACCGUUAAACCGACAAGCCAUGACUUCGCGAGAUUCUUUUGGAGCAUUUUGAAGGACAUGUUGGAUCAACCUUGGUUGGACCCAAAAUCUUCUGCAGAGAUGUUCCAAACUGCUCUAUUGAAUUUUAAAUUUCUUAGCGAAGUAAGCCCGGAAUCGUUAGAUAUAGAGUCGUGUUUUAAAUCAUGGAGCUCGCGUUUGAUAAGAUAUGAAGUGAACGAGGUCGUUGGUUGUUCGAACGAAGACUUCGUGAUUACAGGUUUUACAAGACUCCUUACAAGAUGUGUAUCGUUGGCUAGAAGCCGAGGUAUCCAUGUUUAUAACGGCGUGGCCGAAGAUAUCUUUCAGAACUUACUUUUCCGCCCAAUGGCCACAUUUACUGAAAAUUCUCAGCCCAUCGAGAGUCUGCCGUGUCUCCACGGACCCAGUCGUUCGGAGAUAUAUACCCUGGUUAUCCAACUAGUCAAUGAUCCCGAGAAUUGUGUCAAGAUGGUUAAGCACAAUUCACAUCUUUUCCCCAAAGAUCAGUCCCUACAUGAUGGAUUCCAUGCCGAUCGAGGCAGGUGGGCGAGAUCAGUAGCAGGCCACGUCGGGUUACAGAACAUGUCAAACACAUGCUAUCUCAAUUCAUUGAUGACUCAGCUUUUUAUGAACCGAACAUUCAGAGCAUUCAUCCUGGAGAUGCCUAUCGACCAAACGGAUGAGUCUCAGAAACUAAUUCAUUUUCUGAAAGUUUUAUUUGCGAGAAUGCAGAAUAGCUACACGAAGGCAGUAGAACCAAAAGACUUUGUUGAGGCCAUAACAGAUUAUGAGGGAGAACAAAUUGACAUCGCAGUUCAGAUGGAUGUUGAUGAAUUCUUCAAUCUUAUCUUUGACAGACUAGAAGGUCAAAUGCCAUCAAUGGAGCUGAAAUCAUCUUUCAGGUCGCACUAUGGUGGUCAACUAGUCCAGCAGGUUAAGUCAAAUGAGUGUCCCCAUAUAUCGGAGCGCACUGAACCCUUCUCAGCAAUUCAGUGCGACAUUAAAGGAAAGUCAACUCUUCAAGAGAGCUUAAAGGCUUACGUUGAAGGGGAGAUCAUGGAUGGUGACAACAAGUAUUCCUGCACGACAUGUGACCGCCACGUUGACGCAGUAAAAAGAACCUGCCUCAAAGAUAUUCCGAAUCAUCUCAUUUUUCACUUGAAAAGAUUCGAGUUCGACCUACAGACUAUGCACCGUAGCAAAAUCAACGACUCUUUUGAGUUUCCAACCUCUAUUGACAUGAAACCUUAUACAAUAGAAUACUUGAGUGGAGAUGAGAAAAACGGUGAGAAUUCGUCACGGGAUAUGUUCGAGCUGGUCGGCGUACUAGUACACAGCGGUACUGCCGAGUCCGGUCAUUAUUAUUCGUAUAUCAGGAAUCGCCUCUCGCCAUCAGGGGCACCAGAAUGGUUUGAAUUCAACGACUCGGAGGUUUCAGCUUUUGAUCCUUCGACAAUUCCAGCUGCCUGUUAUGGGGGUACUGAUGGAGUAACCAGAGAUGCGAUGGGGCAAACAUAUGCUUUGAGCAAGCCUUAUAGCGCAUACAUGCUCUUUUAUGAACGUUCUUCAUUGUUGAGUUCGUCGACAGUAAACCAGGAUUCAACGGUUCAGACAAGAUUAUCUAUACCCCGGGAACUUGAGUUGGAGAUACAUAGUGAGAACGAGUAUUUCAUCAGAAAAUAUUGCAUGUUCGACAACAACCAUAUCGAAUUUAUCAGAAAAUUAUUAGAUCAGCAGCAGCGUUUGUUCAAAAAUUCCACAGCCUACGACCACAUCCACGAGAAGAGAGCAUUAAUACUUGGGUUGGAUACCCUUGAACAAAUUGCUACAAGGUUCAAAGACUCCACGGAGGGAGAGGCACUUUUCAAUAUUUUGAACACCUAUUUAAUCAACUGUCCUGAAUGCUGCCUGGAAUUCUUCGACUGGUUGUGCCAGAAGGAAGAUGCAAUCACCAACUUACUAGUCUGCAACCCGUACGGCAAGGCACGGGCAAAUUUUUUGAGACUAGUGAUGUUUGCACUUAACCAGGUUCGGCGAAAAAGACCCGAAGCGUAUGGGCCAAUUGACGAAAGCGGUGACCACGACAUUGAAUAUGAAGAUACUGUAUUAUACAAGCUUUGCACCUCAUUGAUGCGCUCAUGGAAUGGUUUGCAAUGGUCUAUCAAGACAUGGGGCGACUACUUUGGUCUAUUGGCGAGUAUUUCAGCAUUGGGUGAGACCGAGAAAGUUGUUAUGCUGGAUAUGGGGUUUUUGAAGAAAAUAAUGGAGUUACUGUUAAUGGAUCACCUACAGGCGCCGAGAAAGAUGGAAUAUCUAUUUGAAAACUUCGCCAAGAUAUGGGCAAAACGCCGACCAUCGCUCGGGAAUCUAGGAUCAGUCAUGGGCGAACUAAUGAGCUUAUGCGAUCCUCACCUGAGGCCAUGUAGGGAUGAUGAAAACCGAACACAUUUCCGCCAUCUUUCGAAAUUUCCCUUGAAUGGUACAGAAUAUGACUAUUUCUCUUUUUCUGCAAAAAGUCAGAUGCAGAUAUUAUCAAGGCUGCUUGAAUCUCAGACUACAACAGAAAGCAUGGCGCGCCUAGUCGCACACAUCGUCAAAUCCGAAGUUGCACCAGCUGAAGGUCCUCUUCUUGAGCAGAUUAAGAACACUCUGCUUGCUGGAGUUCCUGUGGACCCUGCACAAGAGGCCGAGCCUUUCCUUAUAUGUCUUCUAUACUUUGUCUCGGUAACCAAAUCUCCGAACUACGUCAAAGAAAUCAUACGAAGAGUGUCAGAUGAGGUGCCCACCAUUGGUACUGAUGGGGGAUCAGAGCAUCUGCUUUUUUUCCAAGAGCUGGCAGUCCUUAAAAAUGGUCACCUCAAGCCGUACCUCAUCAAAUGGCGUAUGAUUGACUAUGUUGCACUUUGGGCACCACCGCUGUUAACGUAUUGCGAUGCAACCGUACGAGAAAACACUGAAAAGCUUCUUGAUGAUAUUUUAUUUGAUAGUCUUCAAGACGGAGACCGUCCAAGAGCGCGGAAAGGUGUUGAGGAUCUUAUGAAUGGAUGUUUCAUGUUCAUUGAAUCGAAACUCCCCAGGUUACGUCAGCCGUGCGACGAGAAAACUUUCGAGAAUGUCCUUCGAGUUCUCGAAAAGUGCGGUGAAUAUCAAGAAGACGAAGAAACCUUCAGGGCAAGGAGUAAUGCGUUGAGAUUGUUAAUUGAAAAGAUCAUUCUUGAAGAAGAAGAGGAUGCUGAUCUAGCCUCCGAUGAAUGGGGUGGCUCUGAAAUCGGAAGCGAUACGCAUGAGAUGGAAGUGCAACUCGACGAAUACAACAGCACCUAG